CUCGGUAUAGCAUAAGAGAGAGGGAGAGAGAGGAAAAAGGGGAGGAGAGACAGAUAGAGAAUGAGAGACAGUUAAAGAGAGGAAGGGAGACACAUUUAGGAAACUGAGGAGAAGAGGGCAUUUGUUUUUUGGCCAGUUACAGAAAACUCUCCAGACUUAUUUGUCUUGUGCAGGUCCAUACAGUAGAUAUAUUGCAUGUCUAUCUAUCUCUCUGUGUCUGAGCAGAGGUGGAAGUGUCGGCGACAGAGAGAGGGAGUUGCCUGUUUGAAGAGGUCAGGCAGGCAGGGGAAAGCCGGUGGAUAUUUUUUAAGAGGCCGCUUAUCUGAAACUGACAACAGGAUGAGAGGGUGAGUGAGAGGGGAAAGCCCAGCAGUACAGGGGGAGAACCAUGGAGAGUAUAGCAUCCUCAUCCACAGCCCACUCACAGAGGAGACACAGACACAGGCUAACCUAAGAGAGACAAACAGAGAUAGAGAGAGAAAGAGAAAGAGGAGAAGGAAAGAGACAGGAAGAGAGGUAAAGAGUUUACUUUGUCCAUUCUGUCCAACGGAGAGGGAGCGAGAGACGACGGUUCGUAACACUGGAGCUCAAGGAUAAACCAUGGACUCUGCACACCUCCUACCACGCCUGGACAUGUCUCUUUCCAUUCAUCAAAUGGGAGAUGCACUGUCUGGAUGCUGGACCUAUUCUGGAGAGGAUGAACAUGCGCAGAUCCACCAUGUUCCCUGCUAAACUCUUGGUCCUGAUGGUCCUACUGCUACCUCAAGCUUCGUCUGGUCGCCAGGGCUUUGCCACCGAGCCCGAUGGCAGUGUGCCGUCGUUGUCACCGUUAUCACCCACCCCCCUGGAGCCCAGCCUGGCCCAGACAAUCCAGAACCUGUUGCUGAGCCGCCUGGGCCUGCAGUCCCACCCCAACCCCCGGCCAGGUGCGCCCAUCCCCCAGUACAUACUGGACCUCUAUCGCUUCCACUCCCAGCAGUACCACCUAGUCCAGGAUCCACACUUCAGCUACCCCAGCCAGCAUGUCCAGGAGGCCAACACCGUACGCAGCUUCCACCACACAGAGUCUACCAGCCCCAAACUCCCCCUUGAAAAGAGGCUGACCACCGUGAGCAACAACAAGGUCCCCAUCUCCUUCAACGUGUCCUCCAUCCCCCAGGAUGAGUGUGUGGUUUCUGCCGAGCUGCGUUUCUUCCGAGGUGGUGGGGCUAGCCUAGGCCCCGGCGCCCACAAGGUCAGCCUGUUCCUCGAUGGAGGCACUGGGGACUCUGAGUCUGAGCCCACUCUGCUGGAGUCACGGCUCCUCACAGGGGCCCCCAGCACUAAGCCAGCUGGCUCCUGGGAGGCCUUCAGCCUCAGCACUGAACUCUUCGUAGGGGCCCACGCUCAGACCGGCAGCCUGGCCUUCCUCCUUGAGGUGACCCCUCUGGGUAACACCACCCUCCUCACCCCCCCUGACCAUGAUGCUCUACCACUCUCCACUGGGGAGGAAGGGCGCAGAGAGGGACACCUGAGGGUGCGCAGGUCUCUGGGACAGGACGAGCACAGCUGGGCACGGGAGAGACCCCUGCUGGUUACUUACAGCCAUGACGGGCACGGGGAGCCACUAGCCGCCCAUGGCCGGAGAACCUCUGACACCGCCCAGAGGAUGAGGGGGAGGAAGCGGGCCAGAGAAAGGGGCAGGAGCAACAGCAGGGACCGGGAAAGGGACAGAGACAAGGACAGGGACUGGAGCGCCAGCCCUGGCUGGGGCGGCAGCUGGAACGAGGGUGGAAGGGUGAAGCGCAAUGGUGGCCGGGCAGCGAAACUGAAUCGUCUGUCCCGCGCCCGCUGCCGCCGCCACCCGCUCUACGUGGACUUCAAAGACGUGGGCUGGAACAAGUGGAUCGUGGCGCCUAGUGGCUACGACGCCUUCUUCUGCCUGGGGGAGUGCCGCUUCCCACUCACCCACCACAUGAACUCAUCCAGCCACGCCAUGGUGCAGACGCUGGUGAACUCGGUGAACGGAGCUGUGCCGCGGGUCUGCUGCGUACCCACCGCUCUCAGCCCCAUCGCCAUGCUCUACCUGGACCCGCAGGACCGCGUGGUGCUCAAAAACUACCAGGACAUGGUGGUGGAGGGCUGUGGAUGCCGGUAACGGAAAACAAAAGAGAGGGAGGGAGGAGAGCAAGGGAAGGAGAGAUUGAUUAGCUAGGGAAAGAGGACAAGGACAGAACCCAGACCAGCAGGACCAUGUGAGGCAAGAAUACCUGGACCUUCUGGUGGAGGGAUGAAAAUUCUAGUAGCAGGGGGGGGGGACAGAUUGAUGAGGGAGGAAGGGAAGAGACAGGAAUGUAGAACCCAAUCCAGCAGGACCAAGUAGUUUCUAAGAAGUAUAGGUGUUGGAGGGCCACAGCUGUCAGUAGUGGAAAUAAAGAGAGGAUAGGGAGAGAGAGAGAGGAAAACCAGAGACAGAGGAGCCCCCUUAGAACACAGUGCAGUGCUUCAGAACUACCACAUAGUGAGAGAGAAGAGACGGAGAGAAACACGAAGCAGUCUUCCACAUCCCAGUAGGGGUAGAGGAUGCUGCUGACAGACGAGAGAAACGACAGCCAGGAGUAGAGGAGAGAAUCCUCCCAUUAGCCCCACCUCUUCUCCUUCUAUAGAACUCCUGGGCUUGUUCAAUGCUCACUCGCCAGCCGUGUCUGUAAUGUGUCUGUGUCUCUCUGUGCUCAGUGUGUCGCUCACAUCCUCAUUGCAACAUCAAUCUGUAAAAGAGAUGCACUCGACCAGUGGAGUGGAAGACCAAGGGGACUGGCAAGAGAUGAAGAUAUCAGUGCCAGAGUAUACUAUCUAUACGGUGGACAUGUUAUCAAGAGUAACCUAUAGUACAGAGAAAGCUGUCAUGUGGCCCAUAUGAGGAGGAUGAAACAUAUAACCUUUGCAUCAGUAACACCAUCCUUAAACUAACUCAUCUAACAUAUCUGGGCCAAUGGACAGCUACUGAUCUCUCAUCAAGAGAGACAUUGACAGACACUCCUCAUAGACUGAAUGGAUGUGGACUUCUCAGAUAGACACACAGACAGACAAAUUGUCCGCGCCAAGCAUUCCGUCAUGAGAUAUUUAAAACCACAACAAUAAUACGGAGGAAUUAUUAUGCUAUUGUUUAAAUGUACUACUAUCAUUAUUAUUUAAAAGAUACAUUUUUUGUACAUUUCCUUUGCAGAGAUUAAGAAGAAAAUUCUGAAAACUUGUCAUCAAAGUAAUUCCAUUAAAUCUAACUUAAAAGUCACAUUAGGUAUUUAAAUAGCAACCACAUACUGUGUAUUUAACCUUGAAAAUAUUUAAGAUAUCUGCUCUACAAAGCCACAUUUACAGUACCGUAAUACGUCUAAAACUGGAGCCUGCAGUCCUUAUAGUAGCUUUGGUACAGCAAGUUAUGGUGGCUUUUGGUGUACUACACAUAAUGGAGCAGUCAUAAGCUCAAGAAAUACCACAUAUCAAGGCUCUGUGUAUUGCAAUCUACUGAAUCGUGUAACAACAACACAAUGUCAUCAUCACCACAGAUGUCUUUUCUAGCAGAGUGCAUGUUUAAAAAAUUUAAAAUAAAUAAAAGAACGGCUAACGUUAAAGCAGUUGAUUUCCAGUGCCUUUUCGGGGCUUUGCAGGUGUUUUUGAGUAUUUUGAGCAUCUUUUCCAGUCAUUUGCUUUUCCCUCUAUUUAAAUGGAAGCGUUUAAACAACGGUCUGUAAAAUGUUUGACAUUGUCUGAAGACGUGGUGAUACCUGUAAUAAACAGAGACAAAGCAGCA